AUGCCACGUAGUCAGUUUAAUAUGACCUGCCUCGCCAUUCUUCGGCUUCCGUCUCGUGAAGAGGACUUAAGUGCUAUAUCCCUAUCGAUCUAUAUCCAUCUUAACAAUCUCUCUCUCUCUCUCUCUCUCUCUCUCUCUCUCUCUAUCUAUCUAUCUAUCUAUCAGUCCUUUUGCAUCUGUCUAUCAAUCUAUCUGUUAGUACGUUCACAUCUAUCUAUCUAUCUAUCUAUCUAUCUAUCUAUCUAUCUAUCUAUCAGUACGUUCAAAUCUAUCUAUCUAUCUAUCUAUCUAUCUGUUAGUACGAUCACAUUAUCUAUCUAUCUAUCUAUCUAUCUCUCAGUACGUUCAAAUCUAUCUAUCUAUCUAUCUAUUUAUUUAUCUAUCUAUCUAUCUCUCAUACGUUCACAUCUAUCUAUCUAUCUAUCUAUCUAUCUAUCUAUCUAUGUCUGUUCAGAUCUAUCUAUCUAUCUAUCAUGUUUUUUUUCAUUCUUUCUUUUCUUAAUUAUUAUUUCUUUCUUUUGCGAUUUGCCAAUUCUUUUCAUUAUUUCUCUUUUUCGUAUUUUCCAUCUUUCAUUUUCGUCUAUUCAGAAAAUUUCUUUCUCUCGAGUUCUUCCUUGCGUUUUCUUUCGAUUUUUCAUUGAAAAAUUAUUGCUUUCUAUUUUCCAUUCAUAUUUACGUUCUAUCAACCUAUUUCUUUCUUUCUUUUCUUUCUCUUUCUUUCUUUCAUUUUUCUUUCCUUCUUUGUUGCUUUUAUCUUUCUUUUUUCUUUCUUUCCUUUUUCAUUCAGUUUUCUUUCUUUCCUUUUUUCCCCUUUCUUUCUUUUAUUCUACUUUUAUCUUCUUUCUUUCUUUCUUUCUUUCUUUCUUUCUUUCUUUCUUUAUUUUAUCUUCUUUCUUUCCUUCUUUCUUUCUUUCGCCUUUCUUUUCUUUAUAUUAUUUUUUUUACUUUCAUGGAGGAAAAAAGAAAAAAAAAUCUUUCUUUCCGUUUUUUGUUCUUUUUUCCUUUCAUUCUUUCAUAUUUUUAUUUCUUUUUCUUUGUUCUUCUCUUUCUUUUAAUCUUUCUUUCUUUUUUCAUCGACUUUCUUUUUAA